AAUGCUUUUCAGAUACUUUUGCAGUAUGCUCUUGGGUCACACCACUGGCACAAUUUUACCACAGAGUGUCUUUUUGUCCGGUCUGUAGAAAAGUUGAACUGGAUUAUGUGUAAACACAAAUGUUCUCUCUGUUUCUCUCUUUUAUUCAGAUUUCAUUCUAAGAAUAAGGAAGAGGGUUGAAAAGGGGAAGAGGCAAAUCAUAAAGUCAUACUUAUUCAGUCACCUUACCCAUGACUGUUAUUUAAUAGAAGCAUCUGAAAAUAAUCUCUUUUUCAGAUUGUCUUUCCAAAAUUUUCCAAUUUUAAGAUUUAAUUUGUCAAAAUGGUAUCUGAAUAUAACAAAAACCUCACCAUGACCAUGUUAAAUUUCACAACUCCAAUCCCUGGUGAUGGAGGCAGCGGCGUAAGUUGCUGUCAAUCAGACCAUAGUCAACUGGAAGGUGCCAUCCUACCCCCUGUCCUCACCAUCGACGUCAUACUGGGGCUGCUGGGAAAUAUGGUUGCUCUGUGGAUAUUUUGCUUUAAACUGAAGGUCUGGAACCCCAACAACCUGUUCCUCUUCAACCUGGUUAUCGCCGACUUCCUGGCUCUCAUGAGCCUGCCUCUCAGGAUCGAUGCUGCGCUCAGAGGCCACUGGGUGUUUGGUGAUGGCUUGUGCAGGAUUGACCUCUUUCUGAUGUUUUCCAACCGCUCGGCCAGCAUUGCACUCAUGACCGUGGUGGCAAUUUACCGCUACUUUAAGGUGGUCCACCCUCACCACCGGUUCAACCAUCUGACCAAGAGACAGGCUGUGCACGUGUUAGUGUUUGUCUGGCUGUUGGUCAUCAGCCUUUGGGCUCCCAUACUGGCUUAUAAACACAUUAAAGGCAGUGGCAACAGCACCCAGUGCUUAUACUUCACUUCUUCUUCACUCACCAUCAUAGUCAAAAUGCACCGCAUGCUGACGGUGCUGGAGUUUAUCAUCCCAAUGGUCAUGUUGUUGUUUUGCUCCAUCCGGAUUUCCAUCUUCCUGAGGGAGCGGCAAAUGGGAAAAUCUGAAAAGGUGCGCAAGGCGAUGAGGGUGUGCAAUGCCAUCGUCGCUGUGUUCAUAGUAUGCUUCUUACCUACCGUAGUGAUGAGCAUCGGGCUGGGGGUCAUCCACUCGUACCGCCCACAGGAGUGCGCCACCCAUUACACUUUCACCCACCUCAUCAUCGUGUCUUUGGGGCUGAACUUCCUGAACUCAGCUCUGGACCCCAUCUUAUACAUCUUCUCCAGCUCCAUGUUCAGGAAGGCGCUUUGCAGCUCACUUCCCCGUUUCCUGCGCUGCGGUCAGGACACAGGCGACACAGAGGAGACUGAAUGUCAGUCGACCACCCAGCAGGAAACUGUAAUCCAUGAGGGCCGACAGAGGGAAUGAAGCCAUGUAAUACGCUUUUCUUCAAUAACAAUGACUGGAUUAUGUUUUAAUGUGUUUGAUUUUUGUAGUAUUUUGUACUGAAUUGUCUGCUUGUAUUGUGUGUUUUAUUAAAUUUUUUUACGCUGCUGAAGCUUUGUUUUACGUCUGUGAACUUUGUAAACACAUUAGAUUUUCAGUUAUCAUAAUUUCUUAAAUCCAAAGUCAGUGUAUGUAAAUAUACUUCAAACUUCUGUGGUUGAAGAGAUUACAGAUGUGUGUUUUAAUUAUAGGUAUUUAUUGAACCUUUAAAAGUUCGAAUUGCCCUCAAAGUUUGGAAAUUUAGAAAAAUACACAUAGAUUUGUUGUGCAUCA